AUGGUCAUUUAUAAGCCCACCAUCUAUGACUGGAUCAAGUUGCCGGAUCAAGACAUUUGCUCGUUUCUUUUUUCUCCAAGUGAAUACAACCAGCGACUACCCCUGGAUCGCACAGCGGUGAUUGAUGGAUUGACAGGAAGAAGCCUAACGUAUGCACAAGUCAAACAACGUGCCGAACACCUUGCAGCAGCUUGGCAAGAUGAAGUGGGUCUGAAGCAAGGGGACAUUGUUGCUGUGUUUGCUCCCAAUCAGUAUGACACGGUGGUCUUGUAUCUUUCAUUGCUCGGGGCAAAAUGCACAAUCACGCCUGGAAAUCCAUACUAUACUGAGAACGAGUUUUUGCAUCAAAUCAACAACUCUGGUGCUCGAGCAUUGGUCACGGUGCGUGAGUUACUCCCCACACUUUUAAAAGUGUGCGCAAAGGCAGGCACUAUUCCAAAAGAACGUAUCUUUGUUUUUGGUGAAACCGAUGGCGAGGAUGGUAUACCAUCACUCGAUUCGCUGAUAAAAAGCAGUACACGGCACGUACAGUUUCCUCUCAAGGAUGCGUAUCGCAUUGACCCCAAAAAUGAUGUCGCCUUUAUCAAUUACUCAAGUGGUACCACAGGGCUGGCCAAAGGUGUGAUGUUGACCCAUCACAAUAUCAUCUCCCAAGUGUUUGUGCAGCUUGCCAAAGAUCGUGAGAUUGACAAGGAUACAGACAUUGGUAUUGGUUUCUUACCACUCUAUCAUAUCUAUGGAGUGACGGUGUUAUGCUUUAAUGCGUUCUACAAAAUGCUGCCCUUGGUCAUUAUUCCACGCUUUGAACUCAAGCUGUUCUUGGAUCUGGUCACAAGAUACAAAAUCACCAUUGCAAGCAUAGUUCCACCCGUUGCUGUGCAGCUAGCCAAGGAUCCUUUGGUACUCAAAUACGACCUCUCAGUGGUACGCCAUAUCAAUUCGGGAGCUGCGCCAUUGGGUAAAGAGCAUGUUGACGCCUUGAUAAAAAGGAUGCCUUGUGCCAUUCUCACAAACCUAUAUGGGUCGACCGAAUCCACUGGAGGGGUUAUCACACAAAGACCAUCUGGGGGUCAUCCGGGAUCGGUGGGAAUUCUUGGUCCCAAUACUGAAUGCAUGAUUGUGGAUGAACAAGGCAAUGAAUUGGGACCUGACAAGGAAGGUGAAAUUUUAUUGCGUGGUACUUCCAUCAUGAAAGGGUAUCUCAACAAUCCCGAAGCCAAUGCCAAAGUGUUUACGUCGGAUGGAUGGAUGCGUACAGGCGAUGUGGGUCGCUAUGACAGCAAGACUAAAGAAUUUUACAUUGUGGAUCGGUUAAAGGAGUUGAUAAAGUACAAUGGGUUCCCUGUGGCACCUGCAGAGCUUGAGUCGUUAUUAUCCAACAUCCCUGAAGUGAUUGAUUGUGCUGUCAUUGGCGUGUACAGUAAUAGCCAAGCGACCGAAUUGCCACUUGCAUUUGUGGUUGUCAGACCUGGGGUGGAUGCAAAUAAGGCUUUGGAAGACAAAAUCAAGGCGUAUGUUGCAACUCACGUUGCUGGUUACAAGCGUUUGAGAGGUGGUGUACGUUUUAUCGACCAGAUCCCAAAGAGUCCGAGCGGCAAGAUCUUGAGGCGGUUGUUGAGAGAUACUAUUAAAAGAGAGGCUAUGGCAUCUAAGCUAUAA